AUGACGCAAGGCCACCUGAUCCCAUUCCUCUCCCUCGCCAGACAAAUCAUCCGCCGCCGCGCCACCGCCACCGUCACCAUCGCCACCACCCCGAUCAACCUCGACUCCCUCCGGCGCAGCCUCUCCGACGAACCAACCUCCAACAUCCGCAUCGCCGAGCUCCCCUUCCCCGCCGAUCUCCUCACCGAAACCGCGACCAGCACGCCGGAGUCCCGCCUCAAUCUCUACCGCGCCUCCCUCGACCUCGAAUCCCCUGUUCGCGAUCUCCUCCGCCGGUCAACCCCUCCUCCGCGGUGCCUGAUCUCCGACGUGUUCUUCGGGUGGGCCACAGCAACGUCCGAGAGUCUGGGGAUUCGGAAUUUCACUUUCACGACGUGUGGUGCUAACGGCAGCUUGGGGUACAUGUCGGUGUGGAUGAAUCUCCCUCACCGGAAACAGAGGAUCGCCGAUUCCGACGGCGAGGAGUACUUUUCGAUUCCCGGGUUUCCUGAAAAUUACAGGUUCAAGAUGAGUCAGCUUCCCCAGAUCUUCAGAGACGCCGACGGGGAGGACCCUUGGUCGGAGUUCUUCCGGCCGCAGAUUGCGGGGUCGAUGGAGUCCGCCGGAUGGCUGUGCAACACGGUGGAGGAAUUCGAAGGGUCGGGUCUGGAGCUCCUCCGGAGAUACGUGAACCGUCCGGUUUGGGCCGUUGGGCCUUUGGUCCCUCCAGUGGUAAAUGGGCCGAACGAGACUAGUAAACUGUGCCGCGAGUGGCUGCAGGCCCACGGCCCAGGAACCGUGCUCUACAUCUGCUCCGGGUCCCAAAACAGCCCAACUCCAUCCCAAAUGAUCCAGCUCGCCACCGCGCUGGAACAAAUCUCGGUCCCUUUCGUUUGGGCCGGGCGGGGCUUCGAGGAGGGAUUCGCGGGCCGGGUGUCCGAGUCCGGGAAGGGAAUUCUGAUCCACGAAUGGGCCCCGCAGAUGGAGAUUCUGUCCCACGCGUCGACGGGCGCGUUUCUCAGCCACUGCGGGUGGAACUCUGUGCUGGAGAGCUUGAGCGAGGGAGUUCCGAUCGUGGCGUGGCCGCUGGCGGCGGAGCAAGGGUUCAAUGCGAAGAUGCUGGUGGAGGAGAUGAGGGUGGCGGUGGAGAUGGAGGGGUUUGAGACGGCGGAGGUGAAGAGGGCGGUGGAGAAGGCGAUGGGGGUGGAGAUGAGGAGGAAGGCGGCGGCGGUGGCGGAGGAUUUGAGGACGGCGGUGAGAGAUGAUGACGGUGAGGGCGAGAAGGGUUCUUCCGUUAGGGGUAUUAAUGAGUUUCUGGAUAUGGUUUUGGGGAAAAACAAUUGUCGAUAG